AUGCUGCAUGCCAUUCGUCACUUGGAAGGCGAGUCCCUCCAUAUUACCUUGGUAUCGGCGUGUCAUACUGCCGUCGGGGAUGAGGAGACUCCCGACGAAGUGAUUCACCUCGCAGCUGGUCUUCAGUUUUCAGGGUUCAAGAGCGUCAUUGGGACGCUGUGGCAGGUCGAUGACUCUGUCGCCAAACACGUCGUCAAAGCCUUCUAUGAGAACAUGUUCCCAGAUUUGAAGGAUGGAGGUGUGAUGGACUGUACGAGGGCGGCCUGGGCACUGAACCGUGCCACGCACGCUGUGAAGACGGCAGUGCCGCUGGAGCAGAGGAUGGUUUUCGUUCAUAUUGGUGUGUAGUCCUACUACGUCGUAUUGCUGUCGUCUCGUACA